UACGGCCUACGGCACCACCUUCGACUCUAGCCAUGGCCACCGCCGCCGGCCGGUUGCUCCCCUUGCUCCAGCUGCUGCAUGCGUUGCUCGUCGUCGCCGCGGCCGGCGUGACGUACGACCACCGCUCCCUCAUCAUCUCCGGCCGCCGCCGCCUUCUCAUCUCCACCUCCAUCCACUACCCGCGCAGCGUCCCCGCGAUGUGGCCCAAGCUGGUGGCGGAGGCCAAGGACGGCGGCGCCGACUGCAUCGAGACCUACGUCUUCUGGAACGGCCACGAGACCGCCCCCGGCAAGUACUACUUCGAGGACCGCUUCGAUCUGGUGCAGUUCGCGAGGGUCGUCAAGGACGCCGGGCUCUUCCUGAUUCUGCGCAUCGGCCCCUUCGUCGCCGGCGAGUGGAACUUCGGGGGCUUGCCGGUGUGGCUACAUUACAUUCCUGGGACGGUGUUCAGGACCAACAACGAGCCAUUCAAGUCUCACAUGAAGGGCUUCACAACGAAAAUCGUGGACAUGAUGAAGAAAGAGCGAUUCUUUGCCUCCCAAGGAGGCCACAUCAUCCUAGCUCAGAUUGAGAAUGAGUAUGAAGGUACCGAACAAGCAUUCGGGGCUGGCGGCAAGGCAUACGCAACGUGGGCGGCUAGUAUGGCUCUGGCUCAGAACACGGGCGUCCCUUGGAUCAUGUGCCAGCAGUCUGAUGCUCCUGAUCAUGUGAUAAACACCUGUAAUUCGUUCUAUUGCGAUCAAUUCAUGCCAAAUUCGCCAACCAAACCCAAAAUCUGGACAGAGAAUUGGCCUGGAUGGUUCCAGAAUUUUGGUGAAGCUAAUCCCCACAGACCCGCCGAGGAUGUUGCAUUUUCUGUUGCACGUUUCUUUGGAAAAGGUGGCACCGUUCAAAAUUACUAUGUGUACCAUGGUGGAACAAACUUUGGUCGCACUACUGGAGGGCCCUUCAUUACUACUAGCUAUGACUAUGAUGCACCAAUUGAUGAAUAUGGCCUUAGGAGACUUCCAAAAUGGGCACAUCUGAGGGAGCUUCACAAAUCCAUAAAAUUGUGUGAGCAUAGUCUGCUUUAUGGUAACUCAACAUCAUUUUCUCUUGGGCCUCAACAAGAGGCCGAUGUUUACACUGAUCACUCAGGAGGAUGUGUUGCAUUCCUAUCUAACAUUGAUUCAGAAAAGGACAAAGUUGUCACUUUCAGGAAGAGAAAAUAUGAUCUUCCCGCCUGGUCAGUUAGCGUCCUACCUGACUGCGAGAGUGUGGUUUACAACACUGCAAAGGUUCGAUCUCAAACUUCAAUGGUCGACAUGGUUCCGGAAACUUUGCAAGCAUCGAAACCUGAUCAGUGGAGCAUUUUCACGGAGAAAAUUGGUAUUUGGGAUAAGAAUGACUUCAUACAAAAUGGAUUUGUAGACCAUAUUAAUACGACAAAAGACUCUACUGACUACCUGUGGCACACAACAAGUUUUAAUGUAGACGGAAGUUACCCCACAAGUGGAAAACACCCAAUUCUUAAUAUCGACUCCAAAGGCCAUGGUGUCCACGCUUUCCUAAAUGAUAUGCUUAUAGGUAGUGCAUUUGGUAAUGGCUCAAAAUCAAGUUUCAAUCUGCAUAUACCCAUCACCUUGAAGAUGGGGAAGAACGAAAUUGCACUACUGAGUAUGACUGUUGGAUUGCAAAAUGCAGGAGCCCGUUAUGAAUGGGUAGGAGCAGGCCUUACAAGUGUGAACAUCUCUGGAAUGGAAAAUGGAACCAUAGACUUGUCUUCAAAUAAGUGGUCAUACAAGAUUGGGUUGGAAGGCGAACACUACAGUUUGUUCAAGCCUGAUCAAGGAAAUAACCAAAGGUGGAGUCAACAAUCUGAGCCAUCAAAGGAUCAGCCUUUGACAUGGUACAAGGUACAUGUUGAUGCUCCACAAGGAUAUGACCCAAUUGGGCUAGAUAUGCAGUCUAUGGGGAAAGGCCUGGCCUGGUUGAAUGGAAAUGCCAUAGGGAGAUACUGGCUCAGGACUAGUUCUUCUGAUGAUAGGUGCACUCCCAGCUGCAACUACAGAGGACAAUUUUCUCCAGACAAUUGCAGGACUGGAUGUGGGAAGCCAAGUCAAAGAUGGUACCAUGUCCCAAGGUCAUGGUUUCACCCAUCAGGGAACACCCUCGUGGUUUUUGAGGAGCAGGGUGGGGAUCCCACGAAGAUCACAUUCUCAAGAAGAGUUGCGACAAGCAUCUGCUCCUUUGUGUCUGAGAACUAUCCAUUUAUUGUUGACCUCGAGACCUGGGACAAAAGUGUGACAGAUGAUGGAAGAGUAGCAUCUAAAGCACAAUUGUCUUGCCCGAAGGGAAAAAUUAUCUCUUCAGUUAAUUUUGCGAGCUUCGGAGACCCCAGUGGAACUUGCAGGUCCUACCAACAAGGAAGAUGUCACCAUCCAGACUCUCUAUCUGUUGUUGAGGAGGCCUGUCUGAACAACAAUAGUUGUACGAUUUCACUAGCUGACAAGGGAUUCGGAAAAGAUUUAUGUCCCGACGUCAUCAAAACACUUGCCAUUGAAGCUCACUGCUCUUAGUGAGUUAUGCUCAGCCAGGGGUUCUACCACUACAAAUCCGCUCAUCAACAAUCAAAUUUGAAAGCUUUAGUACAGUUAAACAACAAUGUGAAAGUGGAAGCUUGCCUAGAGCAAGGUUUAGAUUUAUUGUGAGUUUUUUUAUGGAUUCUUUAUACAAAUCUGCUCAUCAACAAUCAAAUUUGGGCGUGACUAGGGGUAUAUAUGUAUCAACCCAUGCAUAUGUGUGGGUCAACCUCCUUUUUAGGAUCAAAAUA